UCAACCUUAAUAAAAGUAACAAACAAACAUUAAGACACAGUUUUAGAGAGAGAAAGAACACAACACAAGAGAGUUUGUUCAUCCAUGGGUUGCGUUUCCUCUAAACACAUCAAAAAAGAAAUCAACCAAGAAAAAAAUCCUUACAUUAACCAUGUUGUUUCUCUCACUUCCUCAACCUAUGGAGCACUCAAGUUAGACAACAACAGCAACAACAAUGACUCAUCCAAUUCCAUUGUUUCAGAAACAGAGACACAAACAGAGUCAAAAACAGAACCCAAAUCAAACCCAUCACCACCCCACAAAGACCCAGAAACUGUCUUCAACAUCAAUGCUUGGGAACUCAUGGAGGGUCUUGAAGAAGGGGUACCCAUUUCAAAUUUUCCCAAGAAAAGCCCAAAGUCCGCACCUUUUCUUCGUGGGUUUAUGGCUUCUGACACAAGAAGUCCAUUGAAGUUUCUUAGUCAAUAUGGGUCUCCAAAAUCUACACUUAAGAAGCCAUUGGGGAAAGAGAAUAAGGUUCAAGUUACUAAUAUGGUAAGAGGUGGUGUUAGACGUUUGGAUUAUAGUCCUAAGGGAAUUUUGAAAUCUACCACAAAUUCUUCUCCUAAGAAUUUGAAAGGGUCUCCAUUUUCUGCAAGAAGAAACAGUUUUGGGAAUGAGAGUGUGAGAAAAAGUCCUGGUUCUGUUCCUAGUCCUUUGUUUGAUCCAGAGAUUAUUGCAUCCUAUGAAAAGGAACUUUCAGAAGAGGAAGAACAAAUCAAGAGAAUUGUUUUUGCAACACCGAAAACACGAAGAGCGAGAAAAUCUCUCGAUUCAAUUGCCCUUUUGAACUUGUUUGAGAACAAGUGUCCUCCGGGAGGAGAAAAUUCUGUUGUAAUCUACACAACCACAUUGAGAGGAAUCAGAAAGACAUUUGAGGAUUGUAACAAAGUUCGAUCGAUCAUUGAAUCGUAUUGUGUGUGUUUGCGUGAGCGCGAUGUGUCAAUGGAUUCUGGGUUUAAGGAGGAAUUAAGGAAGCUUAUGGGAAUGAAACAAGUUCAAGUUCCUGUUGUGUUUGUGAAGGGAAGGUUUGUUGGAGGAGUGGAUGAAAUUAUGAAAUUGGAAGAUGAAGAAAAAUUAGGUGUUCUUUUGGAAGGGAUUCCAAGGGCAUUAGGAGUUUGUGAAGGGUGUGGAAGUUUGAGGUUUGUGAUGUGUAAGGAAUGUAAUGGAAGUUGUAAGGUUUUGGAUGAGAAGCAAAAGAAAACGGUUAAGUGUGGUUAUUGCAAUGAAAAUGGAAUAAUUAGAUGCUCUUUGUGUUGUUGAAGAAAACUGAUUUGAUGUGUGGUUUGUUAGUUUGGAUUUUUAGGUUGAUUUCUGAUUCUUAAUUUCUAGGAAGAGAUGGAACAAGCAUGUUGCUUGAUCCUUUACAUUGUUCCUAGGAGUAGGGUUCUAAAGCGUGUUUUAGUCCCUUAUUUAUUGUUGAUUCUUUUCUGUCUUGUAUUUGGGACACUAGAUGAUGUUCCUUCACGUAUCAUUAGCUUAAUUUGUGAUUUCACUAAUCCAAAAGUUUAAUUUAUGCUUGCUGUG